CCAGUGAUUUUGGGCUGUUCCUUUCGGAUGAGGACCCGAAGAAGGGGAUUUGGCUGGAAGCUGGGAAGGCUCUGGACUACUACAUGCUCCGCAAUGGGGACACCAUGGAGUACAAGAAGAAGCAACGUCCGCUCAAGAUUCGCAUGCUGGAUGGGACGGUUAAAACAGUCAUGGUGGACGACUCCAAAACGGUCACGGACAUACUCAUGACAAUCUGUGCUCGGAUUGGCAUCACCAAUCACGACGAGUACUCGCUGGUGCGGGAGAUGAUGGAGGAGAAGAAGGAGGAGAUCACCGGCACUCUCAAGAAGGACAAGACCUUGCUGCGGGAUGAGAAGAAGAUGGAGAAACUCAAGCAGAAGUUGCACACGGACGAUGAGU